AUAUGAAAAUAAAGGGGAAAAAAAAGAGGAAAUGUAACUCGUAAUGUUGGCAACGAAAAGAGGAGCAGGGGGGGAAUAAGCUAAGCGAGCCAUUCUUUUUGUUAAUCCCAACUCGAUUUGGAGAGUGUGAAUGGAACAAGGGAAGGAAAGGACUAAUUUGCCCUCAGGGUUUCGAAUUGGGCAACUUCCAGCCCGCAAGAGAUUUGAAGCUAUCAUCUUACACAGGGCGGAAAUCUCAACCCUCAUCUCAGAGCCGCAUAUGGCAGGCAGUGCGGUAAGCAUCUUCAUUGUCGCUGCCAUUGUGUCCCUCACGAAAGAGGUGCGCAGAUCUGUUAAGCUUCUUCGGAUGAUGCAAACGACGAACUCAGACUACUCCGUAAUUUAAAUGGACAGAUUAGGGGCAAAAUAGUCCAUAUCACAUUUUUCAUUUACCAUAUUAAGAAAGUAGACAAAUACAG